AUGUUGCAAUCGUUAGAUACGAUAUCGUACAAGCUCUUUCAUGUUUAUGAAUAUUCUUCAAAAAAGACUAGAGUUUCGGAGUCUAGAUGCAUCAAUUAUAUAAUAUUUUGUCAAGAUCCUGAGAUCACGACAACUAAGUUUGGCCACUCGAUUGAUAGCAGAGUAUUCAUAGUAACAAUUGGAUCCAAAUGGCAAAUACAAGAAUUUUUCAAAAGCCCAGCAUCCCAAAAUAUUAUGAACUUACUGAUUGCUUCCGCCGGUCCAGCCUUACAGGGAAAAAAGAAAAAUGUAAUCAAUUAA